AUGAGUGGUGCACACCUGGGCGAGUGGCAGAGGAGGUCCUUUGACAUUUCAUCUGGCACCUGCACACCUGAACAGACGGCAGACGCCUAUCGGGCACACAUCCUCGCCAUACAAUAUGCAUGGGCGAGCGCCCAGCUCUCUCAGGCCGGCAUUGGCAGCCUGCUCAGGACCUACUCGGAGCGCUAUGCCGCAGUGCUGGACUCGGACGAACCUCGCACGGGGCUUAACAACUAUGCAGAGAGCGUACUGAACCUGGCCUGCAGUCAGAGAAACCACAGCGACAAAUGGGAGUCGUCCCUGACAACUGCGAGUGUGCUGGAGCUGCCGUGCGUGCAGAAGAUGAUUCAGGCUGGGACAGGGGGUGGAAAGUCCCUUGUGGCACCUGCAGAUGUUAACAUCUUCGUUGGACAAGAGAGCAGAGGCAGCUCCCUUUCUGUUGUUCCCUCCACUGGACUCGAAGCUGUAGAGCCUCCAUUCAAACCAUCAGGACCCCCAUCAUGGUCCAAGGCUGAGGGCAACAGCACUUUCAGCAUUUUACAUAGUGCUACAGCAGAAAGACCAAGAGGCCCUGAGGGAGUCCCCAGCCACCCCCAUUCCUCUGCUGGCCCCUUGGCACGGGCUCAGUCUCUGUUUUGCCAGCACUCCUCAGCUCCACCACAACCAAACCCAGCCCCUGCAGGUCACCAGUCUGUCUUCUUCAACUCUAACCCCUCCAAGAGGAAGACGUUCUACAACUCCGGUGGAGAAAAUGGCAGAGGGGGGGCAUCUGAAGGCCAGGCAAGGCAAGACCCACGCGGUGGUGGCACUAACUUCAAAACGGCAAAGGAGCAGUUUAUUGUUGAUCAGCAGAAAAAGCACUCCCACCAGUCCCAGAGAGCCCAGCAGCCCCCUGGGAUGGCAGCUGCCAUCGGGGGUGCCACUAAGAAGUCACUGGGGGCCAACAGGCCACGGGGGACAUUUUCCAAAUUUGUGUCCCCCAUGCCGAGGCCGGAGGACAAAGAGAGUGGGGUCGGUAGCAGCAAUGCUCAGGAGACUCAGCCAGUGGACGAGCGUCUGAAAAACUUUGAGCCCAAGAUCAUUGAACUGAUCAUCAGUGAAAUUAUGGACCAUGGACCGCCCGUAGCCUGGGACGACAUCGCUGGCCUGGAGUUUGCAAAGGCCACCAUCAAGGAGAUUGUGGUGUGGCCUAUGCUCCGGCCUGACAUCUUCACUGGCCUCCGUGGUCCACCCAAAGGCAUCCUCCUAUUCGGGCCCCCGGGCACAGGAAAAACUCUGAUCGGGAAGUGCAUCGCUUGCCAGUCAGGGGCCACCUUCUUCAGCAUCAGCGCCUCAUCUCUCACCUCAAAGUGGGUGGGGGAGGGAGAGAAAAUGGUUAGAGCACUCUUCGCCAUCGCCCGCUGCCAUCAGCCAGCUGUUAUCUUCAUCGACGAGAUUGACUCUCUUCUGUCCCAGCGUACGGACGGGGAGCACGACUCAUCCCGACGGAUAAAGACAGAGUUCUUGGUUCAGCUGGAUGGGGCGGCCACCUCUGCCGACGACCGCGUCCUGGUGGUAGGGGCCACCAACCGCCCCCAGGAGAUAGACGAAGCGGCCAGGCGCCGCCUUGCCAAGCGCCUCUACAUCCCCCUCCCCGAGGCUGCCGCACGGCGGCAGAUAGUCUCUCAUCUCAUGGCCCGCGAGAAGAGCCAGCUGGGAGAGGACGAGCUGGAGACGGUGGUCACAGGAACGGAGGGAUUUUCUGGGGCUGAUAUGACGGGGCUGUGCCGGGAGGCAGCGCUAGGCCCCAUCCGGAGCAUCCAGCUCUGUGACAUUGCCUCCAUCACCCCCGACCAGGUGCGGCCCAUCCUCCACUGUGACUUCCAGGAGGCCCUGAGGACGGUGAGGCCCAGCGUCUCAGCCAAAGACCUGGAGCUCUAUGAGGAGUGGAACAAGACUUUUGGUUGUGGUCGUUGA